AACCACCUAAAUACCUGCUAAAAAUAUGUGGUUCUUCAAUCGCGCGCAGUGAAGUAAUAAUUGGGGAGUCAAGAAGUAUUUGUGCGGAAAGUUAAAAGUUUGAACUCAUCGCGCAUGAUUCACCAAUGCAGAAUCACCGAAAGCACAACAGCACUUUUUACUAAAAUGCCAUUUCAUGACUGAGAUAAUAAAUGAUAUAUAAAAGCCUCUACGAAGCCCACAACAAUCAGUUUUGGUAAAACUGUGCCAAAAGGUGAAUCGCCGUUCAAUUCUCACGCGAAAGAAGUGGUGAAAAAUGGCUCCUCUCAAAUUGUAUUACGCGCCUCCAAGUCCACCCUCACGAGCUGCUCUUCUCACCGUCAGGAACUUGAAUCUUGAUGUGGAAACUAUUAAAAUAGACUUGAUGAAGAAGGAUCAAAUGUCACCAGAGUUCACAAAAAUCAAUCCUCAGCACACAGUGCCAACAAUUGACGAUAAUGGCUUUGCUUUGUGGGAAUCUCGCGCCAUCGCCAUGUAUUUGGCCUCAGCCAAGGCUCCAGGAAACACUCUUUAUCCAACAGAUAUGAAGAAGAGAGCUGUUGUGGAUUCCAGGCUAUUUAUGGACAUGGAUUUGCAGAUCGCCGCUGGAUACAUUAUGUAUUCUAUUUACGCAUUGGGAAGUACGACAAUUCCUGAGGAUAAGAAGGAGAGGGUGUACAAGAUUCUGGGCAAUCUGAACAAUUUCAUGGAAGGACAACAAUAUGUGGCUGGAAACAACUUAACAAUAGCUGAUCUUGCUUUCCUAGCCACAAUCUCGACUCUUUAUGAAAUCGGCGCCAAUGUGAACAAAUUCAAGAACAUCGCUGCUUGGUACAAGAGACUCGAGUCAAUUCCCGGUUUCCAGGAGAAUCUUGAAGGUGCUCAAUAUGUCGGGACUUUUCUAAAGCCAAAGUUGAAUUUGAAGGGAACUUGGGAUGAUUGAAUGUAAAUAAAGUGAUUAGAAUAUCAAU